AUGACUGUAUGGAAAAUAAAAAUUUCAUUUCAGUCCCAGCUGGAGAUUAAAAUUAGCUGUAAAUUUGGCUCGAGUACAACCUCUUUAGAGGUGGCAUCGAGUUCGACAUCUUGGUUGGCACCUCAGCUUAUCAUUCCUCCAACUUUAUCUAUAUUGCCACCUCCACCAGCAUCCUUGAACAAGCCAUCCAUAUUCAUCACUGUCCCCUUCUACCAGCAUCAUCUGCCUUUCAAGGGUGCUUCCUCAGACUCACCACCCAACAGUCCUGGCUCUCCCUCUCCCUUUGACACAUCUUCUCCUGCAUCGACUUCCCCUGCGAUGCCUGACAGUCCCAGUUCUCCCUCUCACUCUGACACAUCUUCUCCCACAUCGACUCCCCCUGCGAUGCCCAAUAGUCCUGGUUCUCCCUCUCACUCUGACACAUCUUCUCCCACAUUGACUUCCCCUGCAACACCAUCCAACAGCAAGGACCCAGCACCUCAUGUUGUUGUCAGUAGCCACCUGCAUGGGAUACCAGAGACCAUGGCUGCCAGUGGUGUUGUAUGUUGUAUGAACAUUGACAUGAAUGAGGAAAUGAAAUCUCACCUCAGUCUCAAACGAGUCUGA